AUGUCAAUUAGCAAACCAGUCCAAAUCUCCGAAUUCAAACUCACUAUCAAGGAGCUCUCCGAUGAUGAAAUCAUCCACAUUAGAACCCAGCUAAUCAACACCAUCAACAAGCUCAAUGAGCUGAUCCUUCUCAUGUUCAAGGAAAUGAACGUUAUCACCACAAACUAUCACAAAAACGCUUCGUCCUUCCGUACUGAGGAAUCGCUGCUCAAUGACGAUGAUGAUACAACCAAAGAAUACAAAAGUGACAUGCAAUUAUACACGGAAUCUAUUCAAGAGAACAAAAUUGUCAUUAAGAACAAUUACCAAAGAUUUGCGGCAGUCGAAGAGGAGAUUCAAGGCAGAGGAGUUCAAUUACCAUCGGACAAGCCUGAGGUUUUGUCGUUGGAACUGUUGUCGAGCAAGCUUCGAUUGACCAAUGAGGAGUACUUGGCGAUAAAAGACAAGGACCACGAAGUCUUUGAGAUCAAUGAGCCAUUGGAAGACGGAUACUAUAUUUGA